AUGGGUCGCGUUAUUAGAAAUCAGAGGAAAGGUCGCGGCUCGAUCUUCACAGCCCAUCAACGCCUAAACAAGGCCCCAGCGAAGUUCCGCGUCCUCGACUACUCUGAGCGUCAUGGAUAUGUCCGUGGUAUCGUUAAGGAUAUCAUACAUGAUCCCGGUCGUGGAGCUCCUCUCGCACAAGUCACCUUCCGAGACCCGUACCGUUACAAGCUCCGCACCGAGACCUUCAUCGCUAACGAGGGAAUGUACACUGGACAAUUCAUCUACGCUGGAAAGAAUGCCAGUUUGACUGUCGGCAACGUUCUACCGCUAGGCUCUGUCCCCGAAGGUACCGUCGUUACAAACGUUGAAGAGAAGGUGGGAGACCGUGGUGCGCUUGGCCGUACAUCCGGAAACUACGUCACCGUGAUUGGACACAACCCUGACGAGGGCAAGACCAGAAUCAAGCUUCCCAGUGGUGCUAAGAAGGUCGUCAAGAGCAGUGUUCGUGGCAUGGUCGGUAUCGUUGCUGGAGGUGGCCGAACAGAUAAGCCGAUGCUCAAGGCCUCGCGUGCCAAGCAUAAGUUCGCUGUCAAACGCAACUCAUGGCCCAAGACACGUGGUGUUGCCAUGAAUCCCGUCGACCAUCCUCACGGUGGUGGUAACCACCAGCAUAUUGGUAAAGCGUCUACCAUCUCUCGAUUCGCUGCCCAAGGUCAAAAAGCUGGUCUCAUUGCCGCGCGGAGAACUGGUCUGCUCCGUGGUACCCAGAAGACGAAGGAUUAA